CAUAAUAUCAUACUUUUCACAUCUUCGACUAUCAAAGUUUCCGUUAGACAUCAGAGUUUCUAUUCCUGAAACACAGUCACCUGACCAGCAGAUGUGGUUGGGUUUAUUAUCACAAUGACCAAAUAGAAGGAACAUUUAACUAUCAUUUACAUUGCUAAUGCUUAAUAGGAUAUCAUUUUUCCCUGUCUUGUUAGAUUAUCCUGCCAUCUAUCACUUCAUUGGAUUGGGAACAUUGCUGAGUCGUAAUAUUGGGGUCACUUAGAAAUGUCCUUGUUUUUGAAAUAAAAGCAAUUCUUUUUGUCCAUUACAUCAAAUUGAUGUUAUAUACAGAAAUACAGUGUAGACAUUGUUAAUGUUGUAAAUGACUAUAGUAGCUGGAAACGGCAGAUUUUUUCUGAAAAUCUACAUAGGAGUACAGAGGCCCAUUAUCAGCAACCAUCACUCCUGUGUUCCAAUGGCACGUUGUAUUAGCUAAUCCAAGUUUAUAAUUUUAAAAGGCUAAUAGAUCAUUAGAAAACCCUUUUGCAAUUAUGUUAUCACAGCUUAAAACUGUUGUGUAGAUUAAAGAAACAAUAAAUCUGUCCUUCUUUAGACUAGUUGGAGCAUCAGCAUGUGGGUUCGAUUACGGGCUCAAAAUGGCCAGAAACAACGUCAACAGUGAAGAGGCGACUCCGGGAUGCUGGUCUUCUAGGUAGAGUUGCAAAAACAAGCCAUAUCUCAGACUGGCCAAUGAAAAUAAAAGAUUAAGAUGUGCAAAAGAACACUGGACAGGGGAGCUCUGCCUAGAAGGCCAUUAUCCCGGAGUCGACUCUUCACUGUUCACGUUGAGACUUGUGUUUUGCGGGGUCCUAUUUAAUAAAGCUGCCAGUUGAGGACUUGUGAGGCCUCUGUACGCCUAUGUAGAUAUUCCAUUAAAAAUCUGCCGUUUCCAGCUACAAUAGUCAUUUACAACAUUAACAAUGUCUACACUGUAUUCUUGAUCAAUUUGAUGUUAUUUUAAUGGACAAAAAAUGUCCAUAAGUGACCCCAAACGUUUGAACGGUAGUGUACAGUGCCUUGCGAAAGUAUUCGGCCCCCUUGAACUUUGCGACCUUUUGCCACAUUUCAGGCUUCAAACAUAAAGAUAUAAAACGGUAUUUUUUUGUGAAGAAUCAACAACAAGUGGGACACAAUCAUGAAGUGGAACGACAUUUAUUGGAUAUUUCGAACUUUUUUAACAAAUCAAAAACUGAAAAAUUGGGCGUGCAAAAUUAUUCAGCCCCCUUAAGUUAAUAGUUUGUAGCGCCACCUUUUGCUGCAAUUGGGAGAACUUGCACAAACUCCUCCAGUACAUGUGUGCCAUGCUUGUAGCAUCAUACCCAAGAAGAAUCAAGGUUGUAAUCGCUGCCAACGGUGCUACAACAAAGGACUGAGUAAAGGGUCUGAAUACUUAUGUAAAUUUAUUUUUUAUACAUUUGCAAAAAUGUCUAAACUGUUUUUACUUUGUCAUUGUGGGGUAUUGUGUGCAGAUUGAUGGGGGAAAAAAACAUUUCAUUAAUUUUAGAACAAGGCUGUAAUGUAACAAAAUGUGGAAAAAGUCAAGGCACCUGAAUACUUUCCGAAUGCACUGUAAAUUAUUUUAAUAGCAGAACACUGUAAAGUCCUUCAUUCCUCUGAAGAGUAUGAAUUAGGCUGUUUGAGAUGAUUUGAAUCCUAAGAAACCUGCAUACACAUCGUUUGAAGUACAACAGACCAACAUUUCUACUGUAGUAGGUCAAAGCAGUAUUCUGGAAAACCUUGGACGGGCAUGGGUGAGGUAGGCAUGGUGAUGCCCAUGUGAAUUUAUUUUCUUUUUUUGACUUCGGACCAAUGCCUACUUGUUUUUAAUUUCAAUGGUUUAUUCACUGGAAGGUGAUUAUACAAUAUUAUAUAACAUUUCCACAUGCAAAAGGUGUCUUUCAAAAAUGUAAUUUGCGUUUCAAAUUGUGUUCAUUUAUUGUCCAGGGCAUGGUUUCCCAAAAGCAUCUUGCUAAGUUCAUCGCUAGAACCUUCGUAGUCUCAUCGUAAAAUCUCAGACCCGACACUUGUUAUUUACCGACUUUCUCAAACCUCUAGUAGAACAGCUAACUGGGUCGUUAGAUGCUUUUGUUUGCCCUUUGCAUCACUUUAUAAGCAGAAGUUCUCCACCAAACAUAGAAUCAAGACGUUUAUCUGUCUCUACGGCCGCCGAUAACUUCAGAACAAAGUUGACUACAGUACAACGUUACCAAUGUCUUUGCAAUUGUUAUGAACAAGAAUAAGGUUAAGCAAGGCUUAUAUGACUGUACCUGACUUAACAUUUUAACAGAGGUAAUAAUAGAGAUGUCAUCCCACAGAUCUACUGAACCUGUAGAAGCAGAUGUUUGAAGAAUGAAUAUCGUCCCAGGUCAAAUCCAGGUCCAAUUUGUACAGACAGUGCAUGGGGUGCAAAGGCAAACAGAUCCCAUUAUAAAGUGCAUUAUUGACAGGAAGUUGGAGAAACUAAAGAAAUUGAUCAGAGGUGGCAAGGACUUGAAUGGACUGUACCCUUGUGCUGAGUGGAAGGAUGAUGUUACCCCUUUAAUUGCUGCUGUUGCAUUUACAAAUGACAAUAUUUGUACAUUUCUUCUGAAAGAAGGUGCUGACCCCAACAUCCAAUCAACAAAUAGUUGGGUUCCUUUGCAUUAUGCCGCAAUGUCAAAAGCUCCUGUCAGUUUAGUGAGUAGAUUAAUCGCAGCAAAAGCAGAUCCAGAAGGGGCACCAAUCCAGAUGUUAACUCCACUUCAAUUGGCGGCUAACAAUGACAGAGAAGACAUUGUGAAAGAGUUGAUGAUGUCUGGAGCAUUUGCUGAAAGAAAUCUCAAAGCAUAUCCCGCUACUGACCAAAAGAUAGCAAGCAUGAUUCAGAAAUUCUCUUCAGAGAGUGAGAAUUUUGUCAAAUUGAAGAUUUUUUAUGAUUUUUCUUGUGCAGUAGGACUCAAAUCAGUGGAGGAUGUUUUCAAUGAAUAUGGCAAACACAUGCUGGUGGUGAACCCUGUGAAUCAUCUCACACUAUAUGACAUGUCUUUUAACGCCAUUGGACAAAAUGCGGAUCAGUAUCGUCAAGCAUCCAUAAAGUGGCUGAGAGAAUCUCAGAAAAUUGAUCUCUACAUUGAGGAGGCAACCAAUCGUUUGUCUAAAAUUCCCAAACAUUUACAAGAUAUGGUAGUGAAUUGCUUGACAGCUGUUUUUAACAUUAUGAAAGAAAUAUCUCUUGGACUGUCACUGGUAGUAAUACCCACUCUUCUGAAAUACCUCACACAUGAAUCCAAAAGUACCCCUCAAGGACUAAAUCGCAACAUUUCAGUUGUCAGACUACUGUAUGUGAUUACUCAGAAAGCUCCAAAUCACAAACAUGGCUGGACCCUCCCUUUUGUUGAGGAGUUAUGCAAGAGGAUCAUCUCAUUCACUGAUCAAGCAUAUCUCGCCAAUCCUCAGACCUCAAGCUUAGCUGUUUUAACUUUUGGUCUGCUUGCAGAUCUUUACACCUUCGAUUGUGUACCUGCGAUUAUCACAUCGCGAGGGAUAACCUCUGUGCCGGAGAAAAUACUUGUUACUGCCGAAAUGGAGAUGGAUGAAGAUCUGAAAGAAAAGCUAAGGAAAUUAGAUGUGUCCCUACGAAGUCCAGUCCCACCAACGGAUACAACUGAACAAUUGCAGGGAAUGAAUCUGUCAAAGAAGAAGAAGAAGAAGAAGAAGAAGAAGAAGAAGAAGACAAUUCAGGAAGAGUUGUCGGUAGAGAAAAGUACACCUGACAUGACUGAGAAGCCAGAUCUUGAUGCUUCAUCAAUUCCAGUUGAAGAAUCUGGUGUACAUGGUGAACAUUCCAGUGUUAAACCAUUUCCCUCCACCACCGACGAAUUGAAACCCCGGAAAUGGCACAAAGUUAGUGAGCGGUGGAGGCCUCAGUUGGAGGAACUCAGCAACAUAGAUGCAGGCAAGGUUUACAGAUUGGGAAAUCUCAAUCUUGUCGUACAUCCGGAUUUCCAAAUAGCCAAAGGAAGUGAUGGAACUGAAGUCUUUCUGGGCUUGAAGGAUGAUGGUACUGAGGUGGCCGUGAAGAGAAUGCUCAAGUCAAACUAUCAAGAUCUGAAGAGAGAAGAGGGUUUUUUAAGAUUACCUCAGCUGGAUAGUCCCUGCAUUGUGAGAUAUGUGGACUUUGCAGAGGACGAGCACUUCGGUUACCUUGUUCUUCAGCUCUGUGAAUACACCCUUGAUGAAUAUAUCAAAGACCACCUACCAGAGGACAAAACCCCUGUCCUGAAGAAAAUAGUGCACGAGGUGCUCUGCAGUCUAAGCGUUCUGCAUAGUCGAAACACAAAAAUUCUGCACCGGGAUAUCAAACCCCAGAAUGUUUUAAUAGAUGUUACAGGCAGAGCGAGAUUAGCCGAUUUCGGUAUAAGUCGACAAUUGAACAUGGGACAAACAACUCUACAUACAAUCAGUGCAGGAACAAAAUGUUGGAAGGCCAGAGAAACGUUAGAUGAAGACAGUGGGAUCGGAUAUAAGAGGAGCACCGAUAUUCAGGUGGCCGGGAUGUUAAUGUAUUACAUCAUCUCUGGUGGACAUCAUCCAUUUGGCAAAGGCAUCCAUUGUGAAGUUAACAUUUUUCAAGGGAAGUACACACUGGAACAUGUUGAGGAUGAAGUGGCCAAGGACCUCAUUGAGUGGAUGAUCAAUGAAGACCCAGAGAAGAGACCUACAGUGGAGGACACACUGGCCCACCCAUACUUCUGGCCAGAGGAGAGGAGAGUGGAGUACUUACGAAAAAUUGGUAACGAGAAGGAAGCAGAGAACUGUCGCAAAGCAGACCCAGGACUCCUUCAUGCUUUGGACCAGUGUGCUGAGGCGAGGUCGUUCACAAAGUGGAAGUCCAAGAUACCGCCUGAGUUGAUGAACAAGUUGGAUGGUAAAAAGAAGCCCUACCCAGACAACACAUUGGGUUUGUUGCGCUUCAUACGCAACCUUCAUGAGCACUACAUUGAGGAUGUGGAUUCGGUUGACAUAUUGACAAUGUUCCCUGAUCUCUUUGGAUGCGUCUACAAGUUUGCGAAGAAAAAGGAGUCGAAUUCAAGAAGUAGUCUGAAGAAAUGGUUUCACAGAGAAGAUGUAAGAUAAUGAUUCUGACAUCUGGAAGAUUAACACUGACUAACUUCUGAAAUCUUGGCUUGACUUUUCUGUUGCCAUUAAAUGACUCACUAGUGUAAGUGUUAGAUGAAUGUUCUUUAGAGGAAAUCAAGAGGCUAUGCAGCACUCUGCCUCUGUUUACCUACUUGGUGUUUUGGCCAUUUUCUUACAUCAUAUAACAGUACUUAUCUCAUAAGCUAACAUGAAUGUGAAAUGUAACGAUACUUCGUAAUAUUAUUCAAUUUGCCUCAGUUUAUUUUAUUCAUGGUUUAUUUACUGUAUGUAUAAUAGCAAUGACACAUACUGUACCUACAUACAACUUCUCUGUUGAAAAGUAUUGUAACGAGCUGAAUCUAUUAAUAAAGAGUAACAUCUGAA